GAAAUACAGUAGUAUUAUAAAUGCUUGGAAAAACAAAUUCUAGAAGGAUAAUCGUAAACCUUUGUGUUAAAUCUUCUGGUUUGAAAGAAGGUUUGAGAUAUUAAUAAAAUUGGGUCUGAUAAGUGAAUGUGAAUGGGCCGUGAGAGUGAUUUAGUCUUAUGUUUCUCCGCUUAUCGUUUUCUCAAGAUUAUAAAAAUAUUAAAAUCCCUAAAAAAGGCGCAAAUAAAAAACAAAAAAUUGCUGUCAAAGAAAAAAGGAAAAGAUAAACAAGAAAUUACAGACCUCACGAGUCAAAGAUAUUGUGACACCAUCACCAUGGACUAUGAAGAAAACUCCACUGAAGGAACAUCAGCUUAUGUGGAACCCAUAGCUCCUCUGAUCUCUAAAGGAGACAGUGGAAUCAUUGCAAUAUCUCCACUCUGUGACCACUACAAUGAUCAGAUGAGGAUUGAUUCUCUUACUACUUGUUCCGAUGAAGAAAUCAUCGAGUCUUUGUAUCAAAACAUCUUUAGUAUUGUUCUCUGCCUUCAAAUAGAGGAAUCUGGUUGUGGUUCUCACACACCUAUCUCUGCGCCUUGCCCUGGAGCUCCCAUGAAGCUUACCAAGUUAUCAAGAAACAUCGAUCCAGGAUUCCAACGAAAACUCUUCUGACAUGAUACAGCUUUGUUGAUCGAUUUCUAACAUUGGAUUUAACUUUCUUGCACAAGACUUUGUGGUUAAUUGUGUACUCUCUUGGGGAAAAUAGUUGGUGUUGUAUUUGUGUUCAUGUGUAUUGUGUAGUUUGGAUUGUGAUCAA